AUGGAAACAUAAGAAGUGACAUAAAAAGUAGAGAGCAAUGCUUAGAAACCACCAUAAUAAUCAAUAGAGUAAAUGCAGGAGAAAAGCUAGAGAAUGCCUACUCAAUUUACAUUCAGUUUGGAGUAUAUUGAAAAAGAAGAGACUCAUCGUGUGAUGGAGAAAAAGCAGCUAGUUGAGACUGCAAAUACUUCAAAUGUUUUGACAAGAGAAGGAAGUAUUUCGAGCAUUAAAAUUUCCCAGUCUCAAAUACAAUCUCCUAGAUAAAAAUCUUUGGUCGAGACAUAAGAUCAUAUUUAAAAGAUGUAUAAAGUUGAAUAGGAAAGAUAAAGAAAAAUUGAGGACCAUCGUAGAUAGCAAGAGAUGCAAAUGCGAUAGCAGCAUCCAUUUUAGCCAUAGCUCAAUCGUUCUUCUUCGAGAAAGAGAACAGUCAAUCAGAUUAUAGAUGAUUUGUAUUAGAAAAAUAGGGAAGAGUCUAAGAGUAAAGAAAGGAAAUCAAAUCUUUAACUUACAAAAGUUAAUUCUAAUACCACACUAAAGAAAAACGAACAGUCAAAUUCUAAGGGUAGACUACUUUCAACUACAAAUUCAAAUAAAAGCUUAAUAAUGAGUCCAAGACAAUAACAGUAAUUGUUUGAUAGACUCUAUCAGGAAAGUAAAGAUAUGAGAGAGAAAAAGGUGUUGUGUCAAUAAUAAAACUAAAUCAAAGAAGAAUAAGAUCUGUUUAGCCCUCAAAUAUCAUAAAAAUCUAAGGAAAUAGCAAGAAAGCAACUAAUUUAAGAUGACAAAGAAAAUUAAUUAGAAAAUAACGAUGCAGUUGCAGGGGGAAAUGAUCUUGAUGAUGUGAAUUCAGCCUAGCAAAAGUUGAAUGUUUUUAAUCAGUUAACAGAUGAUGCACUAAGAAGGCGUAGAGAGCAGGAACUUAUUGAGGCAAAACUCAGUUAGACACAGAAAUAUCAAUUAGUCUCACCAAAUUCAAUCAAUAUCAUCUCAAACAAACUCUAAAGAGACUUUGAUAAUGCACUCAUGAAUAUCAAAGCUAUUUACCCUAAAUUUGACCUCAGUGAAAAUAUGCUUACAGAGGAGUAAUUUGUUGCUCUACUUUAUACUAUUGGCAUAUUCAAAGAAAUAGGCAAGAAUGAGGAGAAGCAAUAUGAUGAUAUACUAAGGCUAGUAACUAUUUCUAACAAAUAGACUGGUAACAAACCUAUAUUUUCAAUAAGGAAUACCAAAGUCUUAGUCUUCUCUAUAUUUGAUAUACAUUAAAGCUGGAUGCUAGAAUAAGAUAAAUCUGAAAUGGAAGGUUCGUAUCAUCAAAGGAUUUAAAGAUAUAAGCUGAUCAGAACAAAAUUCAAGACUCAUAUUAGUGACGCUUUGAAGUACUCAUUCCUAGAGACACCUAUGAAUAUGGAAAUGGGUUAAGAUCAGUAUAUAACUGACGAGGAAAAAGAGCAAUAUCUAGAAUAGCAAACUGCUGCUGGUAUUGGCUUGAUCAAGGGAAAAAGCUUAUGUCUGUUUGAAAAUGAUGUGAGAUUGAUUCAUAAGAAGUUUCACAGGCUUUACCAGAACAAAAUAAAUUAGGAUCACCUCUUGAAGUAGAAACUUGAAAAGGAAGCCUAAAAAGUUUAAGAGGAGACUUUUAAACCUAGGAUAAAUGAGAAAUCACAUUAAUUAGCUAUUAUUCAUAAAUAAAAGCAGCAGUAAAAGUCAUAAGAAAGGGAUAAUAGCAAGUUUAUCAAAGAGAGGAGCAAUGAAGGCAAGUCAGAUUAAAAUAAGAAUAGCUAUGAAGAGCAAAACAUUAAUGUGCUCAUAAUGAAUCCCAACGGUAGUUCUAGCAAUAUAUCUAUCUAGGAAAGGAUAUAGUAAAGACUUGGAGUGAGGAAUGGUUCAAUCGAUCAAAACUAGUAAAAACCAAAAAAGAACAUCAACUACAACAGAAUAAAUUAGUUAUACACUCUAGGCAAGUAGAAAUUGAUAAAUGGGCUUAUCAAUGAAGUUGAAAGAGAUAAAAGAGAAGAGAUAAUCUAGUUAUAAGACUGUACCUUUGCUCCUAAGAUUAAGUAGAAGGCUUCUCUAUGUAAUGUAAACAGAAGAUAAUCUGACUAUUUCAGCAAUAAUCAAUCUAUGGUAGGCCAAUAUUCAACUAAAAAUAGCUAGCUUUCUAAUUAAAAGAUUUCUCAAUUUCAAGGAGGACACAAGAAGAGUUAUAGUCUAAUUAAUACUAUGAAGAAAGAACUAAACAGAACAGCUUCAACAGUGUCCUCUCAUUAAUAAGAAUAAAUGAAUGCACAGCAGUAACAGCACUAGCAUAUUUAGAAUUUAUAGUCGCAGCAAUUAUUCAGUUUCUCAAACCCCAGAUACUCUAGACAGCAUUAGUAGAAUCAAUAAUGCUACUAAGACUCAGAUGAGAUUGAAUAUGUUAACUAUAAUAGCAACAAUCAACUGACUGAGACUACUGAUAAUUACAUUUAGGGUAUGUACUCAAACAAGAACAAUCAAGAAAAUGAUAAAGAUGAGAUAUACUUGAUAGAAGUCAUUCUAAGUGAGAAUUGCAGGAAAUAGUUGAAAAUCAGAAAGAGUGAAGACAUAAACAUAGUUGCUCGCAAAUUCUGUAUUUAAAAUAGUAAGUUUCAUUUUAAUUUAUUGUUUUUGUGGUACACAUCGGCUAACUUAUUUUAAUAGAUUUGA